UGUAGCCUCAGUGAAGCUAGCCUAGCAGCGAAAUAGCACAGCAGUAUUCAGGGGAUUUAAACUGCUUUAUUUUUAAUCACCGAAAGCUUCUGACAAAAUAUUUGAUUGCACAUACCACAGAAAUGUCUGACAGAAAACGAACAAGGGACAAAGAUGACAGAAGAGACAAUAAAAAACACAAAACAUCAAAGGAGGAUUUGGAACUACUACAGAUGCAAACGAAAAAACUUACUCAAGAGGUCCAAAAGCUGAAACAUGUGGAGACAUUUUAUGAAAAGCCACCACCAGGAUACAUCAAGGAGCAUGAAGAGAAGCCAGAGGACUGUAUUCCCGCAGAGCCUGGAAAUGAAGACGCCAGACAAUUUCUGGCUCACGCUCCCACUAAAGGCCUGUGGAUGCCGCUGGGGAAAGAGGUCAAAGUGAUGCAGUGCUGGAGAUGCAAGCGUUAUGGCCACAGAACAGGUGACAGAGAGUGCCCUUUUUUCAUCAAAGGCAAUCAGAAACUAGAACAGUUUAGAGUGGCUCACGAGGAUCCUAUGUAUGAUCUGAUAAGGGAAAACCAAAGGAAUGAAAAAGAAACCAGGAUUCAGCAGCUUCAGCAGCUGCUCCAGGACACCACCUCCUCAUCAUCAUCUGAAUCAGAGAGCUCCUCCUCCUCAGACAAACGGCGCAGCAAGAAGAAAAAGAAGAAGAAAGAUAAGAAGAAGAAGGACAAGAAGAAACGUAAAAGGAAGCGGAAACACAAGUCGUGCAAAUCCAGUGACAGUUCUCAUUCAGACUAACACUUUGAGGCUUGUGUGCUCUGUUGUAAAUGUAUCUCAGUAACAUAAGUUAAUGAUACAUUGGGAAACAAUUAUGUUAUGCAUUGUGCACUAGACAGUAGUGUACCUAGGAAACCUCUUGUCACGUAAAUCUGCCCUGCAUUGUUGAGAUCCAUCUAUUCGUACAAUUAAGGUGCAUUUAAGACUUUGAGGAAAUGGAGUAUGCACACUUGUCUUUGUGCACAUCCAUGUCUUAAAGCAGCGGUGUCAAACUCAUUUUGGUCCGGGGGCCGUAUCCAACCUACUUUGAUCCCAAAGGGGCCGGAUCAGAAAACUCAUGUCAUAUAAACCCCAAAAAUAACAAUAAGUUCAAAUAUUUGUGCAGAGAAAGUCAAAUCUAUUACAGAAAUAUUUUUUAAUUGAUGAACUCUUUCUUUUACAAAAUAUUAUAAUAUUAUGAACAACCUGAAACUUUAAGGAAAAUCCAAUUUCAACACAAUGUUUUAACUUUAACUUGUAUGCAAAUAGGAAUAAGUCGAUUUUUCUUGGAAAAUUCUGCACUCUGUGUCUGCUUUUCUCAUUUUUGACAUUUUGCUGAUAAGGGUGUUACAGUCAACAGUCAAAACGAUCGUCCUUUAAGAGCAUUUGGAAAGACACAAGUCUUCAUUUGUGCUGCUCUGGUGGGAGGGGCCACGCACAGAGACGCUGGAGACGCCACUAUGCUCAGCACCGCAGAAAAUUACCAAUAUUUUAAUAGAAAAUAUAAUAAAAAUAUUUUAGUAGAAAAUCAGCCAAGGGCCAGAUUAAAGGUCUUGGAGGGCCGGAUCUGGCCCCCGGGCUGUAUGUUUGACACCUGUGUCUUAAAGCUUCAUCGGUAAUAUGUGUUAACAGACUCUUUUGAUGUAGAAGAUUGUUUUACCAGGGUCUUAAAAGCUACAAGUGCAUGCUACCGUCCCUAUUUGAAGGAGAGAGAAACCCUAUUGGGUUGGGGUACAAUUAAAUAUGUUUUCCACCGCUCUGAAUGUUUGGGUGCUUGUGAGAAGAGGAAAGAAUGUAAGUAAUUGUGUUUUUUUAUUUUCCACGGAAUAAAAUGUAUUUCAUAUUUCAAA